AGGGAGAUUUGGAGCGAGAUAGAGUAGAGUGAGGAAGGAAGGAAGACUGUGAUAAGGCUCCCUGCCUCCCGCAACCAGACGGACUGUGCCAGUGGAGAGAGAGAGAGAGAGAGAGAGAGGCAGAGAAAGAGAAAGAGAGAGAGUGACUGGAGCUGAGUAUUCCUUGCUGUCGUGCUGUCUUUCUGUCCUGCUGAUAUAUCCUCUGUCAUUUACUGAGUCGUCCUUCCCAGUUUAGAUGAUGUCAUCGAAGCUCCUAUCCUGCGGUUGGCUGCAGCAGCUGCUGGUGGUGCUUCUGAAGCUCACCCUAUCCUUUGCUGGACCGACCAAUGGGACAGAGUGUACGGCCAGAGGUCCUGCCUCCUACAUCCUGGUAUUUACGGGUCACUGGAGCCCCCAGACUUUCCCUAAACAGUACCCACUGUUCCGACCCCCUGCACAGUGGUCCAAACUCAUAGUUAUCACUCACAAUGGGCAGCAUCGGCUGUUUCAGGAGGGGGCGCUGGCGAGUAUAGGGGUGCAGAACUUUGCUGAGGUGGGGGUAACUGUGGAGCUGGUGAAGGGGGCGAAGGAUGCCAGGAAGAGACGGGAGGUCGGUGCCAUGUACAGAACAGCGGGCAUCCCCACUGGCAUCGGACACAGCUCCACAGAACUGCUGCUGCAACCUCGGAGCCCACUGCUCUCUCUGAUGGUGAAAGUGAUCCCUAGCCCUGAUUGGUUUGUGGGAGUGGACAGUCUUAACCUCUGUGAGGGCGGCCAGUGGAAACAGGAAAUGACCCUUGACCUCCAACCCUUGGACUCUGGGACGGACAGCGGCUUCACUUUCUCUUCACCCAACUAUCCCACCGUCCCUCAGGAAAACAUCACACGGAUAACUUCCCAGAUGCCCAACCACCCAGCCAACUCCUUCUUCUACCCCCGUCUCACAGAGCUCCCGCCCAUAGCCUCCAUACGGCUGACCAGACAGAGCCGUUCAUCUGCCCGUCAAACUCCCAUGUCCAAUCACAUUCUGCCUCACCCUAUCCACCCUCAACGCUUCUCAGAGACACCAUUAGACUGUGAGGUGUCUAUGUGGUCGUCCUGGGGUCUGUGUUUGGGCCCCUGCUCCAGGGGAGGGGUCCGCCAUCGUACCCGCUACAUCCUCCUGCGACCGGCUAACGCCGGAACACCCUGCCCCGAGCUGGAGGAACAGACCGAGUGCACACCACACAACUGUCUGAAGCGCCAGUGACCCCCGACAGAAUAGGGUGAAGUUGCCCCAAGACACUGAUUUUAAGUCAGUUUUAAGUUUAGGCCAGUAAGGUUAGGAUUCGGGACUGUAAGCUGAUCAUAGAUCUGUGCUUAGGGGGAACUUCUAAUUGGAGCCACACCCCUGGCAGUCUCCAUGGUAACACUGGGACUCAAACAUACACAGACCACAAUAAUGUAAGCAAUGGACUCUUUCACUGCAGAACGCACAAUCUCUAGACCCAAAUAAGUCUUAAGUGGCCGUGACUUGUUGGUGUGGUCUUUAUGGAGUACUCUGGCAAUCUAAAGACCGACUAGUCCUGACUUGUAUUGAGAAACACUGUUGUUGACAAGUACCCACAUGACAAAAGAGCACAAUGCCAUUAUCAGUGGACAUGAGAGACAGACAACUAUGUAGAGGAUCUUCACUGGCACACACACACACAUGCCCUUGUACACAAAUAAUACACUCUUACUUUGUGUAAACCGGGACAUUGAUUUACAUGGGAAUCCUAUACGAUGCUCAGCCAUCAUUCAACAUAACCACACAGACAGAUUUAUAAAUACCCAUUUCACAAGACACAACUGAUGAUGGCUCACUGUAGCCCAGUACCCCAUGUCAGAAAACCCUAGCCAAUAUGGAGCGAGGCGGUUUCAUAAAAGAAAAAGGGAUACAGUUUAAAAAAAACAAAAAAACAAAACAAGAGCAGUUAUAUCUGUUGUCUCUCUUAAUAUGUAGGACAUAUUUUGUAUAUACUGUAUGUUCUGUUGUAUCGUUGUAUCUUGUGUAACUCAUGAAAUAAAUAUGGAGGUGUUUUCUGUAAA